GAAACAACAAACAAACAACUUCUCCUUUAUGUAGGUAAAAUAUAUCUUUAUGAUUAAUCCUUAAGUACUCUCAUCUUCAAAUUACCAAAUAUCACAAAUAUUGUACAGCUUCGAGCCUCGUGAAAAUAAGAUCACUGAUGGUGGAUAGCAGCAGCCAGCGAGACACAAGAGAGUGACAAAUCGUGUAUGGUUAACGGGUAAAACGAUCAACUACCUACCUAGUACAUCUUUGGAAAUACAAGUACUAGGCAUUCCCGAAGUAUGAUAUUUAGAUCGCAACUCUAGCUCACCUUCAAUCCAUCCUUAUCUCUCCUCAUCUCUCGUAUCAUAUCAUACAUAGUAACUUAUAAUACUUUUACUUUCACUCUUUUCAGCCCAUCCUACUUCAUUCACUGUCUGAUACUUGCAUCAAAUCACGUUACUUGAAUUGAAGUCUUUCUUCUGAAGCUUAUUAACUUGUACGACAAUUACUGAACAAAAACCUCCUCAAAUAAAAGAUAUUUUCUGUCAUGAAAUCGCAUAUCUUUUGUCAAAACCUGCUUUCUCAAGAGGUAGCAUAUCGAAUCGACAGGCGGAAGGAGUUAGUCUGAGGCGAGGUCAGCUUCGAAAGACACCGAUUUCAAAAUGCCUGGAGGUACAGAUGCAUUAUACUCUACGGGUGAAAGUCGCAACGGAGCGGCUUUAUCUAGAGUCAUCGAUCUCACUGAGGACGACGAGAGUGACGAGAGUGAUGAGAAGGGCAGAGAGAAGCGCGAGGAAAGCUCCAAGAAAAUCUUCGAGAAAAGUGAUAAGGAAAUCAUCGAUUUGUCAUUGUCGUCUGAUGAUGAACCUUUUCCGCCAGCAAUAUCAGAAGGAAAGAGGAAAUCGGCCGCAUUGCCAGAAAAUGCGCCUAUGAAAACAUCAGAAAAGCCACCAUCAAAGGUACCAAAUUAUCAAAACGGAGGGACAUAUAGCCUUUUGUCGGAAGGUGAAUCCGAUGAUGAGCCUCGUAUACAAGUACCAACAUUUGUUUCAAAGCAAAACGGUGGCAUCAGUAGCAAUGAUGAUAUGGCUAGAAGGUCAUCUUCGAGGCCAGGGCCUAAUGGCGCCGAGGCCGAAAGCACUUUUCCUCCUCACCGACAAAACUACACUGCCCGCAAAACAGCACACCGAAAAUCCAACUCGGGAUCAGUUGGUUUAGUCAGCUCCAACUUAAAACAGGAGAAUAAGGCUUCGGCGUCUAGCUCGGCGAGAUCAACACCAGGAGAAUUAAAAAUUCGCGUGACCUCGUCAAGGCCAGUACCUCCUUCCAACACCUCUGAUGCUGUGGACGAGCAGUCAAGUUCGAAGGCUAUGGCAACUUCAACAGCUAGCGCUUCGCUGGCGGUAUCCGCAAUUGCGAGGGAAAGCGGAACCCGCAUAUCACCUUUUGUCAACCCUGUUUCAUCACUCUACGCGAAUGAUCCUUUUUCGGGGAAAGAUGGUCUUGGAAGUCAUAAUGACAAUGAAUCGUUGAAGGACCUAGAUUCACGUAAGGAGAAAGAUUUCUUGCGGAGUUCGCUUAUGGAGGGAGAGGCAAGCUAUAACAAAUCGACGGUAAAGGAAGACAAACACUCGAGUCGAUUAAUUUCAAAAGAAGCCUCUCAGGGCAGGCAUGAAGUAGUAGGAAGAGGGACGGAUGAUGUCACAUCGGCCGGAGCAACGAACAGGGGCAUUGAUAGGGAUGAUGACACUGGACAUAAAAAUCACAAUAAGGGAACGCCAGAAUGGAGGUUGCAAGCAGACAGAAAUGAUAGCUUAUAUCAUGCUGAAAACGGGAUGAUUGAUAAAUAUCCGAGUGGUGUUGAUAAUCCCGAAGUUCGAAAGGUCGUUUACCGGAAAAAGGGCAAUCAUGGCGGUGCAAGGCGCGGGCCAGCCUGGGAAAAGCUGAAGGAACAAAUGCAGAGUAGUACGAGAGGAAGAGGUGCCGCGGGCGAUGAGGCUGCGGACGAUGACGAUGACAAAGAUGAUGACUAUGACGAUGAUGACGAUACUCGGCCGACGCCCCAAAAGAGAAGGAAGACAGGUCAAGAUCUUAGUAAAUACUUAGUGUCGAAGCCUUUAUCUACCCGCUCUGCAUCGACUUCUUAUAAUAGUCCUGAAGAGGAAAGAAGCCGAAAAUUAAUAGCACCUGCCCUGUCCAAAGAAAACUCUUCAACCUCAGAUGCAUUCACUCAAAUGGUGCGCCAAGAAAAUUCAAUGGACGAGAUAAAAGAGACUUUUGGCAUUUCGGAGGAGGCAAUGAUGGAAGACUGGAGCCUUAGCCUUGAAGCUCUUCUGGAGAAACGACAUCUGCGCGCUCUGAUAGCAUUAGAUAACGAUACGCUGGACGACGACGAAAGCCCCUUUGCAUCUUUGAGAGCACCAGAUAGACAUGAUAAAGGAGCUAUAAAGUUGAACAUUCAAGUAAGGUUUCAUAUCCUACAUCGUUCAUGGGUUGCUAACAGGUUGCUGACAGACAACCAUGAAACAAAAAACGUCAAAUUAUGCUCUACCAAUAAUAGUUGGAGAUGGUGGUGUGGAGCGGACACCUAGCUACACUCAUCACACUAAUGUUCUCCGAAAUCAUCUUACUGGAGACGAUGACAUACUCCGGUACGUUCCGUUGGUUGUACAAAAUGAGGAGAAGUUUAUGAAUAAAUUUGAAAAGGACCUACACACAGCUUAUGCGGAAAGAAAUGAUGACCCAAGGGAGAAGGAACAAAUUUAUCAAAUCGACAGACAUGUAGAUGUCUUUUUAGAGAAUAUGGGGUACGGUUAUUGCAAUAGGGAUGCACUCAUCCGAUACUAUUUAGGACAUAAACCUGAAAAAUUACCAUACCCUAUGAAGGAGAAAAGAUUAGUUCUCGAAACACUUGGUGGUCCUCUAUCCGGUGAUAAGCUUAGGAUAAUGGGACUGGCUGCUGAAGAAAUGAGCGCAGGCUUUGAUAUUGAUAUGGGAGAUGUGGUCCUAUCCCAAUCCCGGUUCAAAGCGUUGGUGGAGGAUUCAAAGGAUAAAUUAUACAAACCAUCAGGGGAUCAACCACCUCCCCCAGAAAGACUGGAGACAAUGGCACAGUUUUCUUGCCUAAUCUGCCAUGGUGCUGCCUGUACAACUCAUGGUGAGUACAAUUAUCAGAAGACCAACAAAAACAUUCCCAGUGAUGGUUCCUCGGAAAUCGGUUCGCCUGACCCAUCAUCGUUCAAGAAGUCAAAUUAUGAGUAUGUGUGGGAGAAAUUUAUUAUGCACUGUCCAGAUGUCAUGCGAAAACAUAAUGCUCGAGAUCACAGUAACAAGAAUGAGAAUUGGCAUCCAGAGCAUUGGAAUACCGAGAAAGAUACAGCAGAAGCAUGUGGUGAAGAAUGUUACCGUGGAAGGACGGAAUGGACGAAUCAUGCCUGGACGCAAGGAGAAGAAAGUGAGCUCAAAAGUAUACUGCUAGUAACGAAACCCAAAAAGCCAUGCAUUCUUGUGGAUAUUUUUGAUAAACCCUGCUGGCAGAUCUAUUCCAAAAUCCUCGACCUUGAGGAAGAAAGCUCUAUCAGCAGGAGUAAGAGUCUCCGCAAGCAGCAGCAGAGCGAGCGAGCAGAUUGGUACGACCCUGCAGCGGUACCCAGGAAUCGCGGCCUCAAGCCAGGAUGGCAAGAUAGCACCGUGGCUCAUUUGCACAAUCUACGCGUCCAACCCGUUCCUUGCGUACAUGAAGGUCCUUGUCGCCGCGAGCUGCACUGCUACUGCGUAAUCAACAACCUUCUCUGCGAACAAUUCUGCGGAUGCACAGAAGAAUGUGAACGGCGGUUCGCUGGGUGUUCUUGCCAUGCUGAGGGUCUUACUUGUAGUUCCGAUACCUGCAUUUGCUUUCAAAUGAACCGCGAAUGCGGUGAUCAAUGCGACAGUUGUGGAGCAAUUCCUCGGCUCCGACCGCAAGAUCGUUACAACCAUGAACUCUUUCAGCAUGGUUGUCAGAAUAUAGCUUUGCAACGGGGAGUAAAUAAAAAGCUUAUCCUAGGAAAGUCUCCGAUCCCAAACGCCGGCUUUGGGCUCUUCACCGCAGAACCUGUCAAGAAAGGGGAUUUCAUUAGUGAAUAUACCGGAGAAGUGAUUUCUGAUAAUGAAGCCGAGCGCAGAGGACUGGGUUAUGAUGCAAGACGCUUGAGUUUUCUGUUCACUUUGAAUAAGGAGUGGGUCAUUGAUGCUACACGGAUGGGGAAUAAAACGCGAUUUAUCAAUCACGCUGAGUCAGAAGCCGAAGGUAUGAAUUGUGCUCCAAAGGUUCUUUUUGUUCAAGGGGAACAUAGGAUUGCGUUCCGUGCCACCCGUAAUAUUUUGAUAGGGGAGGAAUUACUUUUCGACUAUGGUCCAACAUUUGCGGAGAUCCACGACUUGAAUAAGAAAAGCGGAGAUAGGAAAGGAAAGACGAAGGGGAAUAAGGCGACGACUAAUGAAGCGAGUGAAGAGAAGGGCGCUAAGAGGGGAAAAAUGGGCGAAAAGAGAAAAGUGGGUUGGCCAAAGGGAAGACCAAGACCGAAGGCGAGCAAGAAGGCCAAGGUUCGAGAGUACGAUGUUGCGGGCCCUUCAAACGCACAUUCACAUUCACGCUCACAUUCACACUUACGUUCGGAUCAAGAAGGAAACGAUGAUAGAGACGAGAUAAUGCUAGCUUUCUUUGAUUCUCUCUGUCGUGACAUGAUACAAGACAGUGAUCCGGGAGACGAAACAUUUAUUGGUAAAUUAUCGGAUGUUGAGAUGGGGGAUGCGGGAAAUGGAGAUGCAGAUGGUGGUGAGGAUGAGAAUGAGGAUGAGGAACGAGUUAGAAGAACGAGUCGGACGAGGACGAUGCCCGUGAGGUAUACGCUGUAAAUUACACAUGUUUGUAAAGAAAAAUCGUCACUUAGCGUAGCACGGCUGCUUUUUUCUUUCUUUUUUCUGUUUGUUUGUUUGUUUGUUUGUUUGUAUCUAUCUACCUAGUUCUCUCUAUCUAGCUCUCUCUAUUUGUUUUCUUUCCUUUUUCUUUUCUUUUCUACUCUCCUUUCUACUCUCAUUUAUUUCUCUUCUAUAUAAUCCUCCCUAGCUAUAUACCUACAUAUAUAUAUACAUACAUACAUACAUGUAUUUACGCUGGCCGCUUGAUUUGUUAAUUUAGUUCUCCCUUAUAUUCGCAUGUAGGCAUAUAAAUGUGCGAACAUAUCACAUCAUCUCAUCCCAUCUCAUCUCAUACUGGUGGAAUGUACAGACAUA